AUGGGCGAAAGCAAUCCAGGAGCCGGUCACAAGAGCGCACCCGUCGAGGUGUCAUGGCUGAAGCGAGACGUCCUCCUCUUCGCUGCCAGCAUUGGAGCCAAGGCGCCUGAUGAGUUGAACUUCCUCUAUGAAUUCGACAAGAACUUCGCUACCUUCCCAACGUACCCUGUGAUUCUCCCGUUCAAGAACACUUCGCAAGAAGUGAUCGACUUCUAUGCCGCUCAGCUCAAGAGCCGUCCCGAAAUCCCCGGCGUUCCCAAGCUCGACAGCACCCGCGUCCUCGAUGGCGAGAGAAAGAUGAUCUUCCACAAAGCCCUCCCCACGUCUUCGGAGGGCAGGAAGUUUGAGAGUAGGCACAAGGUCAUUGGAGUGUAUGACAAGGGCAAGCCCGGAACUGUGAUGGAAACGCAGACGGAUAUCGUCGACGCUGAAUCGAACGAAGUCUACGCCAGCAUUAUUGGCUCCGCGUUCUUCGUUGGACAGGGCGGCUGGGGAGGCCCCAAGGGUCCCAAGGGAGAGAACUUCCCCCCUCCAGAGGGCAAGAAGCCGGAUGCUGUGCACGAGAACCCCACGUCCGAGGACACGCCUGUACUCUAUCGCCUCAAUGGAGACUACAACCCUCUGCACAUUGACCCGACGCCCGGCAAGAAGAUGGGAUUCGGAGGUGUCAUCAUUCAUGGGCUGUACUCGUGGAACGUUACGGCUCACGCUCUGGUCAAACUACUGGGCGGUGGAGACCCCGCGAGCAUCAAGGAGUACGCCGCGCGAUUUGCUUCACCGGUGAAGCCCGGUGACACUGUUGUUACGGAGAUGUGGAGGACAGGUAACAAGGAUAGCGAGGGAUGGGAGGAUAUCAGAUUCGUGGCUAAGGUCAAGGGUGGCAAGGUGUGUUUGAGCAAUGGAAGGGCGAAGAUGAGGGUGGCAGCACAACAGGGUGGCAGUAAGUUGUGA